GCUGAUUCAGUGUUUCGACGGCUCAUUUCAACAUGGCGGCCAUGUUGGCUCGAGUAGUUUCCAUCUUAGGACGACAAAAAUCUGCAGUUUUACGCUCGGCUUUUGAAACUGCGAAAAGCUCUGUUGAAAGCCAGAGAGCCGUCCAUGUCGCUGCUGUAAGACGUUCAGACCAAUUGUUCGUGCACAGAGAUUCAGAUAAGAAUAAUCCUGAUAUUCCUUUUGAAUUUACUCCAGAAAACUUGAAGAGAGCCAAAAGUAUUAUAAAUAACUAUCCAGUUGGCCAUGAGAAAGCUGCAGUCAUUCCUCUACUAGACUUAGCACAAAGACAAUAUGGCUGGACAUCAAUAUCAAUGAUGAACUAUGUUGCCGACAUGCUAAAGAUGCCUCGCAUGCGUGUGUAUGAAGUUGCAACGUUCUAUACUAUGUUUAACAGAGAGCCAAUAGGCAAGUACCAUAUACAAGUUUGUACUACUACCCCCUGUCAGUUAAGAGAUGCUGAUCUUCUGUUGGAAACGCUCAAAAACAAACUAGGCAUCAAAGAGGGUGAGACAACAAAGGAUGGCAUGUUCACACUGACGGUGGUAGAGUGUCUUGGUGCUUGUGUUAAUGCACCUAUGAUGCAGAUUAAUGACAACUACUAUGAAGACCUGCCCAUGAAAGAUGCUGAGGAAAUCAUUGAUGACCUUAUUGCAGGACGAACCCCAAAACCUGGCCCAAGGAGUGGUCGGUUCUCAUGUGAGCCUGCCGGCGGCUUGACUUCUCUCACUGAGCCCCCCAAAGGACCUGGAUUUGGUGUACGGGAUGACCUCUAAAACGGGUGAAUCGUCAGAUAUCUUUAUCCUUAGGGAAUAUGUCUUUGAAAUUUCGAUAAAAAUAAUCUUUCUUUUUAGCGUAAACCAUGGAUGACCACGGUAUACGCUUGAGUAUUUUGGCCAAAAAGUUAUGCAGUUUUGUAUAGACCUUUGGGCGCCUUUCUUACUUGUGUGACUGUAUAUAAAAGUGAAAAUAAUUAUUAUUCAUCAACCAA